AUGCAGAUAAUUUUGAUUAGACGAGUACUAUUAACUAACAGAAAAUUAACAGAAAACACAAGACUGGAUAGUAAUCUGGUAUUUACUCGGGAUCUUCGGUCUCCACGGCUCUUGAAAGAUGUUUCUGAUGCUUAUCAUUCUUCUUUUCCGUAUAAACAUUGUGUUCUGGAAGGAUGGAUCAGUGAUAACGUUUUGAGAAAUGUUCGGCAUGAAAUUCUUGAGAAUCUUGUUUUUUUUGAAAAGGAAACUGAUAUUUACAAGGUUUUUCAAACGGGGGAUUUGGCCAAUCUUUCAGGCUUGGAAAAAGAUGAACGUAAACGGCUUUUUUCUCUAUCAGCUUUGAAAGAUGCACUAUAUUCUGAUGAAUUUCGGCGUUUUUUAUCAAGUGUAACUGGAUGUGGGCCUUUAUCUGCCUCAGUAAUUGAUAUCUCUGUUAAUAUGUACUCUCAAGGAUGCCAUUUACUGGGGCAUGAUGAUGUAAUUGGUACACGAUCUGUGUCUUUUAUUCUUUAUUUGGUGGACCCGGACCAGCCAUGGCUACCGUUAGAUGGUGGUGCUUUGAGACUCUAUUCUACUCUUUGUCCUUCGUUUCCUGAUUCCCAGCAUGAAAAGGCGAUUUUUCCAGCAUGGAAUCAGCUUUGUUUUUUUCAGGUUGUGCCUGGAUUUUCUUUUCAUGAUGUGGAAGAGGUUUAUUCUGAAAAAUGGAGACUUUCUAUUUCUGGAUGGUUUCAUAAGCCUCAACCAGGAGAAGAGGGAUGGCUGUCUUCUCAAGGCGAUUUUAAAGAUAUGGCAAUAAGUACUUUGCAAAGUCUUCAUUCAGAUUCUCAGGGGGUGGAUCAGCCAUUGAUAAAGCCUAUAAUUUGUACAUUUGAUCUUGAUAAAUUAACCGGUAAAUUAUCUGAAGACGAUUUGUUUUAUUUAAAAAAAUGGAUAAAUCCAGAGUAUCUGGAGCAUUCUAAAAUGGUUCAAUUGAAAGAAGCGUUUAUGGAGCAUUCUAUGGUUGAUUUGUCGAAUUUCCUUGAGCCGGGUUUUGCUGGUCGUGUUAAGCAAUGGAUUUUUGAUUUAGAGAAUGCUGAAUGUCCUCAGAUGUUACAGGAUGUGGAGACACCUUGGAAAAUGGCUAAGCCUAUGCAUAAACAUCGUUAUUUAUAUAUUGAUUGCGAUGCUACUGCUUCUGAUACGCCAUUUGGAUUGUUGUUACAUGAUCUAUUGAUUCAUCCUUCUUUUUACCGCUGGCUUAGUAUUUGGACUACAUUAAUACCUCAUUCUGUUUUUGCACUUGGCCGUCGCUUUCGUCCCGGUAUGGAUUACACUUUGGCAACACCUUAUACUUUGGAACAACCAAUGUUAAAUUUAACACUUUCUUUAACACCUCUGGGACACUGGGGAAAUGGUGAAAAAGGCGGUUAUGAAGUGUAUAUGGAAGAGGAUAAGGAUGCAGAUGCAUCUGUGUAUCGGGCUUCUGAUGACUCAGUUUUGGUGAGUCAUUUGCCGACAUGGAAUACUUUUCACAUAGUUCUACGAGAUCAAGGAGUUUUACGUUUUGUCAAAUACAUCUCUAAAUCUGUUUGUGCAAGCCGUUGGGAUCUUGUUGCCGAUAUUGAUUUGUCAAAUAUAUCUUUUUCAUGA